AGGAACAGACACAACCAUGUUCACUGCACCAUCAAAUGAUUCUUCAGUUCACAGGUCAAGGCAACGUCACAUUUGUGUAUUAAUACUAUGUCUAUGGGCUUUAACCUGUAUGGCUCUAUUGGGACUGAUGAAAUCUAGAAUCCAAGUGAGAAGAUUUUAUCCCAUCAGCCCUAAACAUGCUCUUCAAAAUAAUAAUUCAAGUAUAAUCUCAAAGCCUGACAUGGAAAUCAGUCAUGAGGAUAUGGGAAUCAGUUAUGAUGAGUGGGAAGGUCUACAGAAGGCUCUGGACUGGCCAGGUCCAGAUCAAGAAAUCACUCAGCUGAAUCUGAGCACAAGUCCAGUUCACUCAACAUUCUCUAUUGUGGGACUCAAUGAGACUUACAAAGUGGGAGAAAAGAUUCAUGUUACUAUCACAGCCAGAGACCACAACAACAACCUGAAAGCUUAUGGAGGAGACUUUUUCCAAGCAAAACUUUUUAAUUUGAAGUUAAAGGCAGGUGUGUUUGGGGAGGUUGUGGAUAAUCGUAAUGGAUCUUAUUCUGUUGCUUUUCUUCUGCCAUGGGAAGGCCAGGCACAAGUGUCUGUACGUUUGAUGCACUCCAGUGAGGUUGUACAGAUACUUAAAAAAUACGGUGAGUCAUCAUUCCCACGAAGCCACUAUAAAGGUCACUUUGAGGGGACAGGACCCAAUGGAGCAUGGAUCAGAGAAGUAGUAGAAUGUAAUCUUAAAUGGGGCCCAGAUGGAAGUUGGAUUAAACGCAACUGCUGCUGUGAGUAUAAGGACGUCAAAACAGGGACAGUGUGGCAGUGUGAGAGACCAAAGACACUUUCCUGUGACUACUGGGUGUUUCAUGAAGCAGGAAAUUUUCAAAGCCCAUUAAACCCUUUUGAGAAGAAACUAUUUGCAAGGACGGUUACAAACAAACAUAUUACUGGAGACACACGUGUAAUAAAUGUCCUCCCCAACAAUGCAGACCUCGGCUCGAAGGACAGAUGUAGAUCUGGCCUGACAACACCAGUUCCCGCAGGGUUCUAUUUUCAAGAUAUCUGGAAGUCUUUUGUGUGUAAAACUAAACAAUUCGAUCGUACAGAAAUGGGAAAUUGUCUUAAAAACAAGAUUGUCUACUUGAUGGGAGACUCCACCACAAGGCAGUGGUUUGAGUAUUUCCUACGAACUGUGCCAGGCCUGAAAAGAAUGGAUCUCCAUACAAAUCCUAAGAAUGGACCCCUGAUGGCUGUGGAGUUGAAAAAUAAUAUUAUUGUUCACUGGAGGCCACACGGUUAUCCUCUGCGAUUUCGUAAAAUGCCAGCUGCUGAUCUGCAUUAUAUCAGCAAUGAAAUUGACUAUAUAACAGGUGGCCAUCAUACAGUUUUUGUCUUCACAAUCUUUGCCCACCUGGCUUUUCAUCCAAUAACAUUCUAUGUGCAUAAAGUUGCCAAAAUUCGUCAGGCUGUCCUUGCACUACUGAAACGUGCACCAAUGUCUACUGUCAUCAUCAAGUCGGGUAACACUGGCUUCACAAAGGAUGAAUAUGGAAAUGACUGGUACAGGAUGCAGCUGAACACUGUGAUGAGGGAAAUGUUCAGAGACAUUGCAGUGGUCUACUUGGAUGUCUGGCAAAUGACUUCCUGUCACUACACAGUUGAAGACAUUCAUCCAGCUGGUGUCAUUGUCAGCAAUGAGAUUGAUAUGUUACUAUCAUAUAUCUGCCCUAACUGACACCAUAUGUAAAUAUUUGCAUUGUUAGUGCCUUGCUCUUGUUAUAAGUAGAUCUCCCUAUUGAAAAGACUAGCAUUCUAGCAGACUAGUUGUUCUGGAGGUCUGGUCACCAGCAUAUGUUGUUCUGGAGGUCUGGUCACCAGCAUAGGCUAUUGUGGCAGCGGGGGCAAAAGAGCAGUUAGGGCGCUUACACCUGAGUUAAA